GGCGCGCGGUGGCAGUACCGAGCACGCUUGCACGUCGAGCGCAGGCGCAGUUUUCGCAGUUACACUACGCGAUUUACGCGCGGCUCGCGCUCUCGCAACCCUAGCGCCCUCACCUUCACAUGUUGCGUAUUGGAUAUUCGCAGUCCACUUUCGGGUAGUGUGUGUGCUCCAAUAGGUGGUGGAAAGGAAUCGCGUUUUUGCAGUAUCGGACGCCCGCAGAUAAAAUCGACAACCUGGAAAAUCAAUAAUAUACGCCCGAUAAAAAAUCGUCACAAUGGCACUAGUGCUACAAUAUAUCAAUGAUAUACACCAUUAUAUGAAUAAAUAUGGAGAUCCACGGACAAAUCCAUGGUUCCUGAUGAGUUCACCGUUUCCUACAUUAAUAAUAUGUCUUAGUUAUGUUUAUCUAGUCAAGGUUAUAGGCCCAAGGUUUAUGGAAAACAGAAAACCCUAUGAAUUACAAAAUUUAUUAAUAAUUUAUAAUUUCUCACAAGUUAUAUUCAGCAUGUGGCUAUUCUAUGAGAGCUUGAUGGGAGGUUGGCUGAAUCAUUACAGCUUUCGAUGCCAGCCAGUGGACUACACUGACAAUCCUAUAGCCAAUAGAAUCGGGGCCGCGGGCUGGUUCACAGGCAGGUAUAACUUUCACUGUCAGCCGGUCGACCACUCCAAACAUCCACAAACAAUGAGGAUGGUUCACGCAUGUUGGUGGUACUACUUUUCAAAAUUCACAGAGUUCUUUGAUACGAUCUUCUUUGUUCUGAGAAAGAAAUUCGAUCAUGUAUCUACCCUUCACGUGAUUCACCACGGCGUGAUGCCGAUGUCGGUGUGGUUCGGCGUAAAGUUCACUCCGGGAGGUCACUCCACAUUCUUUGGUCUAUUGAACACCUUUGUGCACAUCAUUAUGUACACGUACUAUAUGAUGGCGGCCAUGGGACCGCACAUGAAGAAGUACUUGUGGUGGAAGAAGUAUUUAACAACUCUACAAAUGAUUGUGCAUCAGGUCCGCGCGCGAUCCCCGGCGCCCGCGCCGGUGACGACGGACAUCAGCGACGCGAAGGAGGUCGCGUACAAGAACGGCGCGCUGAAGAACGGCUACAGCAACGGGCACACGAACGGGCUCGUGCGGGCGCGCACCGUGCUGCCGGCGGGCAACUGACGUCACCGCCACCGAACAUUCUAGCAUUCCGUAGUCUGUGAUUCAUAGCCCCGACUCGUCACGGGCCGCGGCCGAGCGGGCCGGCUGACGCGACCUCCCACGACCGACGCAGUAAUAACUAACGUUGUUUAGUGUUAAAUGUGAUCUAUCUAGUGUAUAUAGGCGGUGUCAGUGGUGUACAUUUUUUUAUGAUACAAAAUUGUAGCUGGAUACGUUGAUAGCAUAGCCUUUUGUACUUUUUAAUACAAUUCGCUUUUAGAGUUUAGUUACCUCUGGAAGUUUGUUUUGACUUGUAUAUUUCAUAUGUAUUAUGUAUUAUAUAUGACUACAUCAUUACCUUGGGUGCUUAUAUUAGAGUAAAUAAUGAACACAGUAUAAUGUGUGUGUGUAACAUUCUGAAAUUUAGUAAUUUAAAUGUGCAGUUUCAACUAAGGGAACCAUAUUUUUUUUUAGACAAAUAUCCUUAUAAAGCAUAUUAUGCAAUUAAUUAUAACAAACCUUUUUUUAAAUUGCAUGUUACUCAAAAGGUAAUAAGAAAGGUAGUAGUAUAAAUUAGAUCACAUUAUUUCUAUAAAAAUGUGUAUUAUAUAAAAGUCUGUAUAUUUGUUCAAAGGCAUCUAUAAAGUUGUUAAAUCAAUUAUUGUUCAAAUAUUUAAUAAGAUCAAUUAAUCAAAUAUGAACAAAUUAUUUAUUAGUUUCAGAUGUUAAAUAUACAAAAAUUAUUGUUACAAUGAAGAUAUAUUAGUUCAUUAUUAUAUAUGACAUAACAUACAAUUCUUGUUGUAAUAUUUGUAUAUGAAAUUUUUUAUUUAGGCGUAAAGAAGUCCAAUGUUUAUUUGAGUGUAGUAUAAAAAUUAACUGAUUAUAAAUUAAUUAUUAUUAUUUUAUUGUUUCUAGUAUUUUUUUUUUAUCUAUUCAUGAAACUUUUGAACCUACUCAAAUAAGCAUUCGGCCAAACUUAAUGUUUACUGUGUGUACGCUUAUAGCUAAAGCUAUACUCAUUACUUGUAAACUUGAAUUGUGAAUAUUUGUCGUUAAUUUGAUCAAACUACUUAAUUUAACCUUUAUUCGAGUAUUAUUUUAAAUAAUUGCAUAGAUUGCUAUUCAGCACCAAUAAUAAUUUUAACGUUAGUUUCUAUUGAAUCAUUUUUAUUGAAAAUACCAAAUGUUCACAAUUCUUGUUCAUCAACGCAGAUGCGUACAAAAAAACAGUAUUUUAAUAUCACUUCAUGAUUUUAAACUUUAUUGCAAUGCAAUAAAUUUGUUUUUUGUAGUGACAUUUAGGUUGUGUUGGCUAUUUAUUUUGUUUUAUUUAUAUUUUUUUGUUCAUACCAAAUAUUGUAAAACUGUCUCGAUAUUUGCAAACUUAAGUAUUUAUGUAACUUACCAUAUACGGUACAAAAUUAUUUAGUCAAUUUAGUUAACAAUUAAAUUAAGGUGUAUUCGAGAAAACAAGUUUGCAGUAAAAUCGUGGCAGCUAAGGAGCC